AGGGACUUCCCUUGCUAAAAAAUGAAAAUUACACUCAGCACUAUUUAAGAAAGAGUUGCCUGGAGGCCAGAUAACCUGAGAAGCUGAGACAAAGGCUCAUUGGUCUCCCAGCUCAGCCAGCCUCAAACUAUCUUUGACAUCACCAUGACUUUCUGGAGCUUGUUGCCAGUUGCCCUGGUGCUGCUCUGCUCCAGCACCCUCUGCUCCUUGGGAUGUGACCUGUCUCAGGGCCUCCAGGAAGACUUCUCACUUCUGAACCAAAUGAGCACAUUUUCCCUGGUGCCGUGCCUGAAGGACAGGACCAACUUCAACUUCCCAAAGGAAGCCAUGGAAGGCAACCAGCUCCAGAGGGAAGAUGCCAAAGUCAUUGUUCAUGAGAUGCUCCAGCAGAUCUUCACCCUCUUCAGCCAGAAUGCUGCACCUGCCACUUGGAAUCAGACCCAGCUCAUGCAACUGCUCAUUGGACUGGAUCAGCAGCUGGAACAGCUGGAGAGGUGUCUUGCACAGGAUGUGAAGUGGGAAGAGCCUUCCCUGGGAAGUGAAAACUCCAAGCUGGCCCUGAAGAACUACUUCCAAGGAAUAAACCAGUACCUGGAAGGCAAAGAGUACAGUCACUGUGCCUGGGAGGUCACCCGAGUGGAAAUCAGGAGAUGCUUUCUGUUCAUUGGCAAACUUUCAAAAAAAUUCAAGGACUAA